AUGCUCCCUCCAUCGCCGCCGACGCCCGCUUCGCUUUUAGCAGCUAGCGCGCUUAUACUUUCGUUGUCGUCGUUGUGCGGGGGUGCAGCUGCAGGAUCAGGGCCAGGGCCAGGGUCGAAUACCGUGUCUCCGAAUCCCAUUUCCAACCCCAGUUCCAGCUCUGGCACGAGUUCGAGUUCGGGCUCGAGCAAUACAAAUAAAAACGCGGAUGGCGGGUUGUCGCAGCGUCAGACGCAGGGCAUGACGCUCUCGCUCCCGCUGACGAGGCGCGGGCAGCCUGUGCGUACGCCGGAGGAGUGGGGUGUGUGGGCGAAGAACCAUCGGGAGGGGUUGGAGGCUAAGUAUGGGAAGCAUCGUCAGAGUCAGAGCCGUGAUGUGAGUGGGCGGGUUGAGGUGCGCGCGGCGGGGACGAAUUUGAUUACGAACCAGAAUGGAGAUUCGAGCUAUUUUGGUUCGUUGGCUAUUGGCACUCCUCCGACUCCAUUCAAUGUUAUCCUCGACACCGGCUCAGCAGACCUCUGGGUCGCCGACUCAGACUGCAUAACAGGCUGCACGAACGUACCCACCUUCUCCCCCUCCUCCUCCUCAACAUUCCAAAACACCUCAACGCCCUUCGCCAUCACAUACGGCUCCGGACAGGCAGCUGGAUCGCUCGGCACGGACACGGUGCAGAUGGCUGGGUUUGCGGUGGCGCGGCAGGUGUUUGCGGUGUGUAAUCAGGUGUCGGCGGGGUUGCUUUCGAGUCCGGUGUCGGGGUUGUUGGGGCUUGCGUUUCAGAGUAUUGCGAGUAGUAAGGCGGAGCCUUUGUGGGAGACGCUUGUUAGUGCGGGUGCGUGGGAUGAGCCGGUUAUGGCGUUUCAGCUUACGAGGUAUUUGAAUGAUAGUUCGACGCAGACGGAGGAACCUGGAGGAUCGUUUCAGAUGGGUUUUACGAAUAGCAGUCUGUACACAGGCGACAUUGACUAUGUCGAUAUGCCUGUACAAGGCUCAUACUGGAUCCUCCCUCUAACCCAGCUGACGGUACAGAACACGGCGAUCAGCUUACCGUCGGGGCAGCAAUCGUACGCCGCGAUCGAUACGGGCACGACGCUCGUCGGUGGGCCGGCGGAGUAUAUUGCGCAGAUUUUUGAGCAGAUUCCUGGGUCUCAGCCUGGGACGGGCAAUUUUGAGAAUUAUUAUACUUAUCCCUGUGAUACGAGUGUCAAUGUGAGCCUCAACUUUGGCGGCUCGCGGAGUUGGAGUAUUUCCCCGGCCGACUUUCAGCUGUCGCGUUUGACGAGGACGACGUGUCUUGGUGCGUUCUUUGUGCUUUCGACGGGAAGUUCGGCGCCGCGGUGGAUUGUAGGCGAUACAUUCCUUAAAAACGUCUACUCCGUCUUCCGCUACACACCGCUGUCCAUCGGCUUCGCUGAACUCUCCGCGACGUCUGUUGCGGAGAACGGCGCUAGCAACGACACAGUGCCGAGUUUUACUGUGGGGUCGUCGGCGGCUGCGACGACGGUGACUGCGUCGGGUGGACCGCAGCAGAGUGCGAGUGGUGCGAGGCCUGGGGGCAGGAGUGCGUCGCGCGGUGGGCCCGGGGUGAAAGUUGGAGGUGGUGGGAGGGGGGUGUUGGUUGUUGUUGGUGGGACGACGCUGCUUUUGGCGCUGGUGCGUGGGUAUGGCCUGGUGCCGUUGUAA